AUGGCUCGUACAAAACAAACUGCUCGGAAAUCAACUGGUGGAAAAGCUCCUAGGAAGCAGCUUGCGACCAAGGCUGCACGUAAGUCUGCACCGACAACUGGUGGGGUGAAGAAACCACAUCGUUAUCGUCCUGGAACUGUUGCUCUUCGUGAAAUUAGGAAAUAUCAGAAGAGUACUGAGCUCCUUAUCAGGAAACUCCCAUUCCAGAGGCUGGUUCGUGAAAUUGCUCAGGACUUCAAAACUGAUCUACGAUUUCAAAGUCAUGCUGUUCUUGCUUUGCAAGAGGCUGCAGAGGCGUAUCUUGUUGGGCUCUUUGAGGACACCAACUUGUGUGCUAUUCAUGCUAAGCGUGUGACUAUUAUGCCCAAGGAUAUCCAGCUGGCAAGAAGGAUUCGCGGUGAGCGUGCCUGA